AGUACUUUCAAGAAACGCUCUCACUUCGCUAGCUAGCACCCUAAAAAUGGCUUGCAUAAACGAGCUUGGAAAGUAGCUAGCUAGGGUCAAAAUCAUACAAAGUUAGCAGCAGAAGAGCGUUAUUUUCACCCCGGAAGUUUACUCAGACAUUUAGCUAUUCAAAACGGGGAUUUAAAGCCGCCCUCCAUAUUUAACUAGCGUCUAGAGAUACCUAAAGUUACGUUAGCCAAGUACAGUAAACAAACAGGACUGAACUCACAGCAUAGGUAGCUAUGUGACUUUCUCAUUUAUAGAUACCGGUACAAUCUGGUAAAUCGAAACUACCAGCAUCGAACUGAAACAAUAGCUAGCUACGUUCAAUGUUCGCUUGGUCAUUGUCAGCCAAAUGACGAUAGUAGCUAAAUGGGAACGUUUUCUAGCUAACUAACGUUACUAUUUAUUUUGGGCAGAUUGCUAGCUAGCGAUAAUGUGGGUCGUGGGUCAUUGUAACGUUAUCUGUACAUUCUGUAGCAAACUAACUAUAAAAGGCGAUAUUUGAUGCCACAUACUUUUUCGGGGGAUUGUUUGCCACCAGAGUUUUUCAAAUGCCUAUUGACAAUUUCAACCUAUUUUUCUUUCCCUCUUUUUAUGUCAAUGCAAGCCAUGGCAGAUGAAAGCACAACGUUCUGUGCCAAUUGUCAGCAUGACAUUCCAGAGGCUAAUUUCACUACUCAUGAGAUUCACUGUUGCCGGAACAUUGCUCUGUGUGAGGUGUGCCAAGAGCCAGUGCCCCGUUCAGAUCUUAAGCAGCACAAGGAGCAGGAGCAUAUGCAGGUGAAAUGUAAGUGUGGUUUAAAGGUUGAGAAAAGCCAUAUCGAAUCCCACCAGAGCUCUGACUGCAAUCAGCGGAUGGUGCCGUGUCAGUACUGUGACCUGGAGCUGGUUUUCAGUCAGUCUAAGGAGCAUGAGGAUUAUUGUGGUACGCGCACAGAGCCCUGUCCAUUCUGCAUGUGCAAUGUAAUGUUGAGGGAGCAGGCUGUCCACCCAGCCUGGUGUGGUAGCCUCACGCCUCCUCAAGAGAGGAACAACAGCCGGGCAAGUCACAGCCCAGCAGAACCCCAGUCCCCAGGAGCCUGGUUUGAAGCCUACUCCAUCCGUAACCUGUUGAGGGCCAAGGAGGGAGGAGGCCACAAGAACAACAACGCCAUUUCAUCUGACCGCAGGGUCCUACCACGGCCCCUGGAGGCCAGAGUGCACAACAGCACCCGGGGGCAAGUGGGCCUGGGAGGAAGGGGGGACAUUGCCCUGAGGAAUACAGACUUCAGCCACUUGCUGGAACAGGAAGCAUCAGUGGUGGGCAACAACAAUUACAGCAUGGCAUCAUUGGUAUGGCCUGCAGGCCAAUCACUGGGAGAGGACUCUGCCAACCUGGACUACCUGCUGGCCCUCAGCCUGCAGAGUGAUGGGGACACUGGGGAUCUAGGGGGAGGAGAGGGGGCCUUGUGGACGGAUGUCUGGGACCACAAACUUGGAAGGAUGUCCAACACCGGCUCCCUCAUCUCUCCCAUCUCUCCCCCGAACAACUACCAACAUAUCACCACAGGCACCAAUACAGACCUUGACCAGACAGACACCAUGUUGCCCUGUGAGUUCUGUGAGGAUCUGUUUCCUGAAGUGGACCUCAUUUUACACCAGACUGGCUGUAGUCCAGCCUCAGCCUUUGCAUCUUUCAGCAAGCGUCCUCCAUCUCCACGCUAUGAUGACAGGAUUGCUAGGGGUGCUGUUGGUCUUCUGCACAUUCCACCUGACACCCCUAGCUUCCCCACCUUGCCCCGUUCAGUCUCCCCGCUCUCCUACAGUUCACCUGCCAGUCCACUAGAGGGGGACGUGGUCAUUCCCUGUGAGUUCUGUGGAGUGGCCUUGGCGGAGGCCGUUGUCUUUUACCACCAGGAUAACUGUGACCUCCGACCCUGCUCUGUUCACUCAGUGGAUAAGGUCAGCAAAGUGUCCUUUCAGAAACCAUCUCUUCCUCCAAAAGAGAGCUGUGGACAGAACUCCCCUGAGGUGCAGAGGAGACUCAAGCACCAAUUGGACUCCUUGAGUGGGCUGGACAGAGAGAGGCCCCCGGUGCGAAGCCCAAACGAAUGGCAGAGAGACCACAGUGGGCUGCCCAUUACAGGGAAGAUCUCAAACUGUGAUCCCCAGGUGAAGAACAGACUCCAGCAUGGCAGAGAGGCAGAUGGGGGCCACUCACUUUUCAGUGAAGGCCACAAAUCCAACUCUGCAGCAGCUGUGGGACCACCCCUAAGAGAAAAUAAUGGGGGAAGAAGGAAUAAGUUACUAAGGAAUGCCGGGCCAUCAAAGGUGCCUAAGAAGCUAAACAAAGAACAGGACGAGGAGUGAGGUCGAGACUGUCGAUGGAAAGAGCAGCAGGCAAUCACCAAAUGCUUUUGUGUGAGCUGUGGUCUGUCACUCUAAAAGUGGUGUUCCUGGCUGACAACAUUGAAGACACCUCUGAGGUCUCACCAUGCUUAAGUUGGUGUUUAACACUGAUGCCCAACUGCGCAGCAGAUUACGUGGUGCGCAACCAGUGGUUGAUGCAAUCCAAUAUAGUUGGCCUGGAACACAAACAGUCUCUUUAUUGCCUGUGUGUGUCGGUAUGUAUCAGUCGCUCUACCUUUAAAAAAAAAAAAAAAAGUAUAAACAGUCGAACUGACAUUUUUGUGAUUCCAAUAUUUUGUUAUAACUUUAAGCUUCUUAUUGUAAUCCUUUCAGUUUUAAACUUUUAAUAUAAAUUGUAUAGAAUUGAAAACCCACCUUAAUAUACUCUUGAAAAAACAAUGUAAAAAAUGUAUAUGUAAGACAUUUUGAAGCGCCACAAAGUAAUUGUACUGUUCUCUGAAUAAUGGAAAAUCAAUGACAAAUAAAUGCAUUAUCUAA